CACCAACGUUAAAGCUUUUGUUACAGCAAAUAACAGCUUUCAAGGCUUAAUUACAUCGUUUUCAGUCAGUCAACCUCUACGGGAGCCUAUCGUCGAGGCGCCAGACUCAAACGGUAUCGGGGCCGAAUUUCUGGAUAAGAUCUGUUCUUCACACUCGGCCAUGAAGACCUCUAAACCGUCGCUGCAGACCUCUGCUGAAGAGGAAUGUGGUAUUUGGCUGGAUACUGUGCAACUGAAAGGAAAAGCUAAACAGAAACGACUGGCCCGUCCCAUCUCUAAACAGCUGAAUCCCUUUGCUGGAGGCGGAGGAUACAGUUUGGCUGUGGCACUCAAUUUCACCCAGACUAAAAUGGAGAUGCCAAAGACCAAACAGAGCUCUAUCUCAACUUUUUUUGCACCUCGGGACAGAGUUCUCAAACAGAUGUCUAAUUCCAAAAUACCAAACACGGAUCCAGUGCAGCCUUCUCCAUCUUCUACCUCGGCCACACAUGUCGUAACCUCACCCACACCCGCAGCACUGGGAACAAAACGAAGACUUGAAAUGUCUGACUUUGACAGCUCUGUGCCUGGAGUGAAUCGUGAGGCGAAGACGGAACAUCUGGCUGAGAGGGAAGCAGCACAGUGGCAGGCAGCAGAAGAGCAAAUGGAGGAUAUAAAUCCACCACAGAGUAAGAGGAGGUUAAUUGCAGCCUUCUCAUUGCCAUGUGAUAGUCAACCUCCACAGGCGUGGAGUCAGGACCCAUUGCUCACCUGUAGCCAAUAUUGUGAAAGUGAAUUCUACCUGCCUGAAAAAGGGCAAAAAAACAUUUUAGCAAAGAAUGUUUGCGACUCUGAACCAGCUUUUCUUACUUGUCUGCAAAGUGAGGACACCUUUGGUAUUCAGAAUAACUUGGAAGCUAGGACCUCGACUCAAGAAUCCUUUGAACAGUUUCAUUCUUCUCAAAUGGAUCAAGGGAAAGAAAACAGAAGGUUUUUGUCCUUCAAGUCCCCAAGAAAGCACUCAUCUCUCUUUCAUAUUGAACCCCUUUCAGAUCAUAAAUGUACAAAGCCCAAAACUGCAUCGCCUCAAAAAAAUGUUCCAUUGUGCAUGCGUAAAAGCGCUGCUAAAGAUGAGAGCCUUGAGUCACAUUUUAAUUGGACAAAGCCGAGCAGCUCUCCUUUAAAGAAAACAGCACCGACGGUUUCGUGCACAGUGGUCGAUGAGGACAGUCUGGCCAUGUUGUUCACACAGGACUCUGAAGGCUUCAGGGUGAUUGCACACAGAGGUCUGCAAGCUAGGAGUCCACUCAAAAACAAGAGUAACAUAAGCUCUGUGAUGGUUAGAACAAGCACUUACAAAUCUCUUGUUGAGGAGGAGGAUGAAGAAGACAAGAUGCUCUUUACUCAAGACUCUCAGGGAAAUACUGUAAUCAAGCACUAAGAGAUGUUAAAACCUUUGUGUUUUAUAGUGCAAAAAUUCAUGUCUCAUCCGUGCAACCAGAGCUUGAAAUCAGUUCACUUGAUAUUAAGCUACUUUCAAACUGAAAGCAUUUUCAUUAUAUCUCUAUUGUCUUU